AUGGUUUUUGGGGCCGGGGCCUGGAGGGGCUCUGCCAAGAAGCGCUCCCGGCCCAAGGGCUUCCCGCUCAGCCCGCCCCCGGCCCGCGCGGGACUUUCCCGCCCGCCCGCGGACCCCCCGAGCCCCCGGGCCGGAUCGCUUCGGGCAGCUCCCUCAGCAACGGGAGGACGAUGCUGGGUGCACCGGGCCGGGGGCAGCCCUCGCCCAGCCCCCUCUGUCUCGGCCCCGUCCGCAGCUGCUCCCGGCGUGCAGACCCUGAGCCAGAACCUCCUGGGAUUUAGGCGCCCAACUCCCCCAAGCCCGUGCCCCCGGGGCCGCGCCUCGGCGCCCAACUCCCCCAAAGCCGGUGCCCCGGGGCCGCGCCUCGGCGCCCAACUCCCCCAAAGCCGGUGCCCCGGGGCCGCGCCUCGGCGCCCAACUCCCCCAAAGCCGGUGCCCCGGGGCCGCGCCUCGGCGCCCAACUCCCCCAAAGCCGGUGCCCCGGGGCCGCGCCUCGGCGCCCAACCCCCCCAAGCCCGUGCCCCCGGGGCCGCGCCUCGGCGCCCAACUCCCCCAAGCCCGUGCCCCCGGGGCCGCGCCUCGGCGCCCAACUCCCCCAAAGCCGGUGCCCCGGGGCCGCGCCUCGGCGCCCAACUCCCCCAAGCCCGUGCCCCCGGGGCCGCGCCUCGGCGCCCAACUCCCCCAAGCCCGUGCCCCCGGGGCCGCGCCUCGGCGCCCAACUCCCCCAAAGCCGGUGCCCCGGGGCCGCGCCUCAGCGCCCAACUCCCCCAAGCCCGUGCCCCCGGGGCCGCGCCUCGGCGCCCAACUCCCCCACCGCCCGUGCCCCCGGGGCCGCGCCUCGGCGCCCAACUCCCCCAAGCCCGUGCCCCCGGGGCCGCGCCUCGGCGCCCAACUCCCCCAAAGCCGGUGCCCCGGGGCCGCGCCUCGGCGCCCAACUCCCCCAAGCCCGUGCCCCCGGGGCCGCGCCUCGGCGCCCAACUCCCCCAAGCCCGUGCCCCCGGGGCCGCGCCUCGGCGCCCAACUCCCCCAAAGCCGGUGUCCCGGGGCCGCGCCUCGGCGCCCAACUCCCCCAAAGCCGGUGCCCCGGGGCCGCGCCUCGGCGCCCAACUCCCCCAAAGCCGGUGCCCCCGGGGCCGCGCCUCGGCGCCCAACUCCCCCAAGCCCGUGCCCCCGGGGCCGCGCCUCGGCGCCCAACUCCCCGAAAGCCCGUGCCCCGGGGCCGCGCCUCGGCGCCCAACUCCCCCAAAGCCGGUGCCCCGGGGCCGCGCCUCGGCGCCCAACUCCCCCAAGCCCGUGCCCCCGGGGCCACGCCUCGGCGCCCAACUCCCCCAAGCCCGUGCCCCCGGGGCCGCGCCUCGGCGCCCAACUCCCCCACCGCCCGUGCCCCCGGGGCCGCGCCUCGGCGCCCAACUCCCCCACCGCCCGUGCCCCCGGGGCCGCGCCUCGGCGCCCAACUCCCCCACCGCCCGUGCCCCCGGGGCCGCGCCUCGGCGCCCAACUCCCCCAAGCCCGUGCCCCCGGGGCCGCGCCUCGGCGCCCAACUCCCCCAAGCCCGUGCCCCCGGGGCCGCGCCCCGGCGCCCAAAUCCCCCACUGCCCGUUCCCCUGCGUCUCCCCCUGA